AUGAAGUGGGUGGUCGUAACGGCCGUUGUGUCGUUACUGGUUGUCCGGACGUUGAAAGAGCUGCUGGGGCGGCCUCAGAGUCGCCAAAGCAGCCAAGCCGGUGAGGGAGCCCCCCCGCUGGUGCCGUUGGAUUCGGUGGGUGCCCGGGAAGAAGCCGGCCAAGCUGCUGCGGCCUCUGCGGUGGGGGAGAGAAGGGAAGAAGAAGAAGAAGAGGAGGAGGAGGAGGAGGAGGAGGAGGAGGAGGAGGAGGAGGAGGAGGAGGAGGAGGAGGAAGAGGAGGAGGAGGAAGAGGAGGAAGUGCCGGUGGUAAGUUCACCAAAGUAUCUCCACGUCGAAGGUGUUGUGAAUGCUAUGUAA